CAAUAUUUCCAGACAGGCACUUCCGGUGAGGCCUUAGCGGCCUCCGGAGCCUCGAUGCUCGAGUGGUGGGCUGGCCGGCGGGGAUGAGCGGCCCUGGUGAGAGCGACUAUCGGCGCAAGUACCGCAACCUGAAGAGGAAGCUGAAACUACUGCUUUAUGAGCAGGAAUGCUUCCAGCUGGAACUCCGCAAGGCCCAGAGAAAAUUCAUUAAAGUGUCUCGGGACAAAAGCUUCCUUCUGGAUCGAUUACUCGAAUACGAGAAUGUUAACGAUGAUUCCUCUGAUUCGGAUGCCACAGCCUCAUCUGAGAACAGCGAGCCUGACGGUCCCAAGCUCCUCGAUACUCCACUACAAAAGAAGAAGAGGAGCCCACCACUCGGGGGUUCAGCAUCAACAUCACCCACUUCCCUGUCGCUGCAGCCAAGCCUAGGGUACCCACCAUCAAGGAGUACCACCCCAACACAAUCCCCUUACCUCGGCACGGUGGGCUCCCCAAACUUCACCCAGUUCCCCAGUGAGUACCUCUCCGCGUAUGCAGAUCCCCAGGGACCCCCUGCAACCCCCACUGGCCCCCUCCCCUGCACUCGUGGCGACCGGGGCAAACGUGAGAAGAGAGGCAAGCCCCCCAAAGGCAAGAGGUGCAAGCUUCCAGCCUCACUACGUUCCAGCCCCCCAGGUUCAGUGAGCCUCCCAUUCUCAGGGCCCCCGGACCCUCUCCCUGCCCUCUCAUCCAAGCUGCCUCCUGCCACCAUCCUCAGCACUGUCCCCCAUCAGAUGUUUAGCACCACUGGUGAGGGCAGCGAGGACGAGCCCAUUGAUGGUGACGAUGACCUAGUCAUCGACAUCCCUGAGUGAUCCCUGACUCCAACUAUCAACCACUGACCUCAGACACUGCUUGACCCCCUUCCCCAGAUGCUGAACCCUGACUCCUGUGCUUGUCCCAGUCCCUCAGCGCCUCCUGAACCCUGACUCCAUGUAACACCUCACAGUGACUGAAUAUCCUGACCCCUGACCCAGACCCUUGACCUGGUGCACCAAGCCCAGAUCUCAGUCCUCUUUACAAUCAGAUCAGCAGUUUCCCUCCAGGAGGACGAGCCAUAUAAUUGGCCGGCACAGUAGGGCAGUUCAUGGUCUACUGGCCAGCACUCCCUGGGAGUUGGACCGGACGCUGAGCUACCCAGCUGCCCUCCCAGCCCCAUUGGCUGGCUCUAUGAGUGCCCCUGUCUGAGGGAGUCAUGCUCUCACUGUGUUUUGCCUUAGCUCUGAUUGGCUGCCUUCCCAGAAGGAGAUCCUCAUUCCAUCAACUGUCUACAAACUGAGCUCCCCUUCUUAUUGGCUUAUUCAUGUACCAGCUCUCCCUGCCCAAUUAAUCAUGGGCCAGGAGAGCUCCAGUUCUGAUUGACUGGCUGCCCAGGUAGCUCCCCUUCCAAUUGGCUGACCAGUUAGUCAUAUAAUUGACCGACAUUGCGAAGCUGAGAACUGAUUGUCCAUUGACUUUCAUCUGCCCACCCCCACCAGUAGUUUUCGGGGGUGGGGGUAUAGGGGAUGGUUGUAGCUCGCUACAAUCGCCAAUUUGCUGAUUUCUUCAUGAGUUUUGUAGUGACAAGAGAUUAAAAGGAAUGAAAACCUA